AUGGCCCCAUCAACAAUUCAAAUCUUCGUGCAUGGUGUGCAAGGAGGCGUAACCACUAUCAACAUUCACAAGGUAAACAUUUCUUAUAAUUUUGCGAGAAAAUGGAUGGGACAAAUCUCGCGAUUUCUAAGAUAAAACGUCGCAGCAAUUUUCCAACAGGUCAGGACAGGUCUUCUGAGGAUCGAGAACACAGCUUCUGUACUCGAAGGUAGAGGAAAAAAUGGUCACCUUUGAUUCGCUUAGUCCGUUUACCUCUGGAUUCUUCAAGAGCAUUUUGUCUUAUUGCCUCACUGAGGCGAAAAUUCCGCCGAGUCCACGUGUACACAAAGGAAACCACUAAAAUUAAAAUAGGAAGUAUACCAGAAAACUUGAUCGAUUUGCUUAAACAUUUUUUCGCACGGAAUCGUUGGGUAAAGAUGAAGUAAUUUGAGUAUCAGGCUUUUCUGGGGGGAAAAGGGGAAGAGAAAAGGGCUGAUACUCAAGCAAAAAUGAAAUGAGUGAUGACGUAAAACAGGAAAUGCGCGAAGACUUGACAACCAAGCGAGAGAGUAACAGUAAUCCAGGGGUUGAACAGUAUUAUGGGAAACCGCGUAGGCUGAUUUUGUGAUAGUCGGUCCUUCUCACGUACAGUGAUCUUCGAGUUAUUCGCCGGGUUGCAUGCGGUAGUGUACGUACGAUCAUUGACAUUCUGUGGAGUAGCUACUUUGAGGGUGUCACUCUCAAGUGGUUUAAGGCCUGGGUCUAGCAAAUGAUUAUUGGCUAUAACUUCGGCAUAAUGGAUGGAGUUGAAUUAAAUUUGGCACACACAAUAAACUCAUCGUCCUUAACAUUUUAAAGUGUAUAAAUAUUGUGUUAAGACACCUAAUAUGUCAUGUGACCCAUUUUCUGACUACUUAAAUAACUGACAAAUUGGUGACGAAGAAAUCAAGCAUAACAUUUUCUCAUUUAUCACGGUAAAAGUGUCCCGGUAACCGCAACGUAUCCUUUAUCAGAAACGCUAAUUUAUCUAUCCACCAAUAAGGCUGCAUUAUUUCCUUUAUAUAUUUUAAGUUUUUCGUCAAGUGCACAUCACGUGACCAUAAUUAACCGUUAAGGCACAAUAAGAUCUCAAAUUAAUCUUUUACGUUGAGAUCUUAGCGAGAGACAUUGCCAGUCAAUAAUAUUCUCCGAACACACUUUUGACCCAGUCAACCGGGCCUUUAUUAAACCCCUUAAGUCGAAAAUUAUUACUUUAUUUUUUUUGUCUCACCGUACUCUCUUAUGGCAAAUUAAAAUAAGCAUCAUGAACUUUCUGGCCUUAAGACAAAGAAGAGAAAAUAUCGUAUUCAUAGUUCAAGACUAAAGCUCAAGUCCCUCCAGGCUGAGGAUUGUCUUAACCCAUUCGCCCCUGAACCGCCCGUAACCGCCCGUGCGGAUCCAGGUCCUUUCUACCCUUUGUGACGUCAUCAGUUUUAACGGUCAAGGACAACUUUCUUCGCUAACUUGUGCAGAGUGAAGAGAUCUUUCAAACCAUACCGGAAUGAGCACAAUUCAGUCAAGGACACCGGAGAAAGAAGCAAAAAACCACGUGACAUCGACCUGAAAAUCACCAUGAAAAUCUUGUUCCAUUACCCACCUACCUUUCCUUUCACCUAAUCCUAAGAUCCUAAAAGCUUUCCCAAAAACUCUUCCCACCAAAAUGAAGCCUACUAAAUGCCCAGCAAGAGAAAAAAAAAUGAGGCAAGAAAAGCGAAAAAAGAAGGGAGCAGAAAAAGCGAAAAGUAAAAGUCAAGACUGCUGUGUCACUUUUAAACCCAAAAACUGUCGAAAUUUUGCUUUCUGCGCAUGCCCGAACUUCACAAGCUGAUAGUUUGCAUCUGGAUCAGAAGGCCGCGAAGUGUACGACCUGUAAACUGGUUUGCGGUAAGUUUUAGCUCUUUAUAGCACGACAGUGACCAGAAAAACACUCGACUAGCUUCAACACGCGUUUUUCGGCAAAAUCUCCAGGAGCGAAUGGGUUAAUUAAUUGUCAAUUUUUGAUCAAAACUAAAAUUCCUAAGUUGUGAGUUUUUAGUCUUGACCUCUUAAAAUGAACUGGUGUCGUGAAACACUUGCAUUUAAGGAAAAGAUAACUACCUCUAGUGAAAUCGGACAAGCGGUUAACUCAUUUGCUAGGUAUGCCCGGCGGAGGGGAGAUCAGGCUGGAGGGGGAUCGGAGGAGGGGGGUUCAGUGGAGGGGGAUCAGUGGUGGGCUAAAAAAAUGGUCACGGACUCCACUUUAACAUUUAAAGCUCAUCUUUGUAGGAUGCAACCGUGAAGGAAUUUUUAACGAUGGUGUCUGCAAAGACUGAUGGCAUACCAAUCGAUGUAAUGCGAGCUGUCUACACCACAAAACAGCUGGAGAUUGGCAAACGUCUUUCUGACUACGGAAUGCAGAAUGAGUCUAAUGUGUUCUUGAUACUUCGUCUACUGGGUGGCUCAAACCGAUCAAGCAUACCCCCUGUCAAAGAACUGGAUGACGCAGUGGAAUUGACGGAUGCCCCGGAUAUGAUUACGUGGGAUGAUGACCCAGAAAAUAAAAGGGCCAAAAUGCCUUGCGGGCACGCUAUAAGUAAGUGGCUAAUCAGAAGCACGCUUUGUUGAUCCUUGUUCAAUUCCACAAAGCUGGUAUGCGUUCAUGAAAGAGCUGAUAGGCUAGAAAGAAAACCACGACAUUACAGUUUCGUCAUUUAGAGAGUUUAAAGCAUUUGAGCGACCGGUUUGAUGGUAGAGGAGUUGUUAAGUGGCUAUUAAAAUCUUUGGAACAUGCUUGAGCCAUCAGCAAACAACCUCCUCAACAGGGCUUUUCCCUUAAGUUCAGCAAUUACUAGGGAGGAGGUGGAAAAAGAAGCGUAAAGAGGAGUUAGUUAUUUUCAUUAAAAAGGGCUUUGGCGAGUACACUGAGCACCAGAGACUUUUCAAGCCCCUUUUUCCAUAUUCAGUCAAGCCUUUCUCCGCUCGUGGCCUCGGCCUUCAGCCGAAGAUGAGCCGGUCAGCCUGCGGGAACUGAAACAUCCCACCGCACGCGAGAAAACCAGGUAACCAGGGUACCUCGCGAAAAGCCCUGGGGGCGAGGUUGUGGCAAAAGCGACCAGUAAAGCCCAGGGGCCUCACUCACAUAUUUUAAUGACAGGGGGGUCCGACAGAGGUUCAUAUUUUAUACCCAAAAAAAUCCUAACUUCAGGAUUUGUCUACCCAAAAAAAUCCCUACUUUUUUUAGCAUACCCAAAAAAAUCCCUCAGUGUUUUUGCAUCAGCAAAUUUUAUUAUUUAUCUUCUGGAAAGCUAAAACAUGCCAACUUCAACUUUGGUUUUGGUUGUUUUCGCGACCCAAAAAAAUCCCGGCGUCUUUCAUAGACCCAAAAAAAUCCCUUUUGGCCAAAAUGUCAGACCCAAAAAAAUCCUUCGGACCCCCCCGUCAUUAAAAUAUGUGAGUGGGGCCCCUGGGCAGUAAAGGGGGUUCAAAGAAGGGAAACAAGCAGUUUUAUCGCCGGGAGAGCAGAGCAAAAAUGUUGUGAAAGAGAAGAAAUGUAAACUGUCCCCUUUCUCAUCAUACACACUGCAAUAAUUCAAUGCAUUGCUAGAACAAUAUAGCGAUUAAAGAUGAAAGGAUAAUCUUGGGAAGGGAGCCUGGGUAAGUAGGACCCCCUUCCUUCCCUUCUAAGCAGACAGUUGAACUGUUAAAAGAAAAUGAUCAAGACUAUUCCGUUUGUUUUUAGUUGAUCAUCUCUGUGAAAUUUCACCAUAUUUUUGUCAUUAUUGUAUCCCUGCAGCUCCUGAAUCCCUGACUAUGUAUUGCCGCAGCCUCUUAGAUGCAGGUCGGUCGCGCUUUUUUUGUCCCUACAUCAGCCAGGACCAGCCGCCGGUCUAUUGUGGUGUUGAAUGGGACUACAUAGAUGUCAGACGCUUGGCCGUUUUGACAGAUGCUGAAAUUGGGGAGUUUGAGAAGAAGAUUUCUAAGAAUUACUUGAUCAAGGCAAUGGGCAUUCAGGAAUGUCCUAAAUGCAACUCAAUGGUGGAACGAAGCAACAAAAAACACAUCAGAGUAGUUUGUCCGCUAUGCAGCAAAGAUAAGAAGAAGUCUUACGAUUUCUGCUGGCAUUGUUUACAUGAAUGGUCCAGUGACUCCAGUACUACUAAGUGUGGUAGGUUCGCCAUGAGUUAUCAAAUAAUCUACUCCUUGUUCGUGUAAAAAGUUAAGUGGAAAAGGGGUGAAGAGUUGAGUUUCUAAAUACAGUGGAAACUCUAUUCAGUUGACACCCUCGGGAUCAAGGCAAGCGUCCCCAGAAUUUUUUUUUUUUAUAAUUACUGAUCCAACAAAUAAUUUUUUUUUUCUCCUAUUCUACCUCGGAAUCUGCUGCAGUCAUAAUCUCAAGCAGCUAGAUAAUGUAUAAAAAAAUCAAGCUUAAAUCUCUGCAAUGAUGUGUGUUGAAUUCCCACAAGUACAGUGCAUCGAUGUUUUGAAAGUUGUCGCCAUUGUGACCAGUGUACACUUAAACUUGUCAACAAGUGGUCAGUCACUCUUUGAUUGCUAAGGUGGCCCCUGGAUGGAGGUUAAAUGUGGGUUAUGGGACCCAGAAAAAGUGUCCCUUUCCCCUGAAUAGAGGUGUCCCUUUAAUAGAGGUAACCAAUACAAGAUUACGUGAACAGUUUUCGGGGACCAAAUUUGGUGUUUUCCGAAUGGAGAUGUCCUUUGAAUAGGGGUGUCGAUAAGGAGAGGUCCUACCGUUUAUUAAAUAAAUUUGCUUCAAGGUUCGGUCCAUUCAAAAUAUACUGCCUCACAAGCUAUACUGACAUUUCUCAGUUUACAAAAAAACUGAUCUUUUUACUUCUCUUUCAAGGAAACGAGGAUUGUUCAGGCGAAGACAAACGCCUCAGGAUUCUGCGUAACUGUCAGAGGAAGACCAUCGUGGGAGUUGUGGGUUGCCCCUCUCUCCGCGCAUGCCUAUCUUGCGGCAUGCUCAUUGAGCACGUGCGAGCUUGUAAGCACAUGCGCUGUCGAUGUGGCAAAGAAUUCUGUUUUAUUUGUCUGAAGCCAAAAGAAGGUACCUCUUGGUCGUGUGGCAGGUACAACGAAGCAUGCACCGUGGCACCAGUGCAGACCAAGAUCCCUGGAGAGGAUAAUUAA